AUGGAGAGGAGAGUCCUGAAGGUGGAAAAACCUAGUAAGAAUAUGAUUGAGUGGGCUUUAGAUCUGGCAGUCUCAAAUAUACGCCAAUAUUGCAAAAGUCCUUUGCUUCGAUUUUCAAAGUAUAAGUCUCUGACAAAUAGAAGUAAUAAUUACAUCUUCUGUUAUGUUGGAAAGGAGCCUGCUGGAUUUAUUACGUUCCGAUUUUCCAAAGAUACUGCGUAUGUGUUUGAGCUCCAUGUUGAGGAGAACUAUAGGUCGCAGGGAAUUGGAACCUUGCUGCUGAAUGAGUGCAAGGUGCAGUACAACGAGAUUGUGGGGAGAGUGGUUUUGUAUGUGUACAGAGAAAACACAAGAGGCCUGGAAUUCUACAGAAGAAAUGGAUUUGAGAUUAACAAGGAAUAUAAAUGUAAUAAGUUUUAUGAAAUGGUGUUGAACAAGCGGGACUAA